AAUAUAUGUUAUAGAUAUUUUUGAAUAAAAACAAGUUAUAUAGUGUCGGUGCCUGCAUGCACCAUGAUGAUAGAAAACCAAAUAACUUCAACUCCCGGUUUCGCGAGACGAAGUAUUGGCGGGAGCGGCACAUCCUUGAAGAGGCGUAGCUUGAUUCCCCACAAUAGAAUUACUAACAUAAGGGAUGAGGAGCGUAAUGAUGAUGAUGCUGAGCGGUCGUCGCUGGUGGCUUCGGAGAGAGCCGUGGCUACAUCGACGCCUCAAGCGUCCCCUCGUCGAGGUCGUGACACCAUGUCUUCAUCACCACAAAAAGAACAUUUCCAGGGAUGCCUUAAACUAUAUGCUGAAAAUAAAAUCAACAAAGACAAUGCAUGGAAUUUGCAACUGAUUGACUUUAUGACGUCAAUGUUACGGCGGCACGAUGCUCGCAUGGAUAACUUACAAACUGCAUCUACUGUAGUGGAUGCAUCUGCUAGAAUAUACUCUUUCCGAGUAGAUGCUGUACAUUAUGAUGUUUUAAAAAUGGCCGGUGGAUUAAGUAAAGCUGCUCAGACAAAAAGGGGUAAGAAAGAUGAUGAACAUGAGGUUCUAGAUGAAGGAGCAGCGGGCGGGGAGGCCACAGCUCCAAAGAAAAAGAAGAAAAGAUCCAAAGGAGCAGUAGCUGCUAACUCUGAGUUGUUUAAUGGAGACUUUGACACCAAUGACUGUGUUGAUCCCUUCUUUGAAAGACUGGCGGCAACAGCAGGAGAUGUGACUUCAUCUAACAGAGCAUUCAAUGCCACAUUACCUGUUCACGACAAGACUCUAGCAUUAAUACUCAGGACUGAUGAACCUUUUUUGGAAUGCAUAAAGGAGAAUAUACCUGAAGAAAUAGAUAUACGUGAGAAAAUAACACUUGCAUCAAAACUUUUACCUGCAUUCACAGAAGAAGAUCACAUUUGUGAACCAUUCUCAAAAUUCUCUAUAAGCAACUGGGACCCAGAAACAGAAGAAACGGACCGCAUCACAAACUGGAUGGAAGACAACAGAUUGAAUCUGUCGCAGCAGGCUCUGGCAUUUGAUGUGAAUGCCGAGGUUGAGCCUAUUCCCCAGGAUGAAGAACAGAAUGAUCUGUUUGAGGACGAGCCCCUAGGCGGUAUAUCGUCGGACGAGGGCGGCGAUGUCGCGGUCGCGGCUUGCGUCGCGCGAGCGGUGCCGGCGCCGCCCGCGCGCCUUGCCGAUAUGAGGCCGACUGACGCUGCCCACGCGCGCCUCGAGUACAGCUACUGUGCGCUGUCAGCCUGGGCCGGACCUGCGCAUUGGCGGCUCAAGACUAACAGAGCAUCAAAACUCUCAACUCUCACUCAAUCCACGGCCGGUCGUGUAACGAUCGACAAGAAGGCUCGUACCAAGAAAACCCUGGACUUCAUGGGCGCUGGGCUAGCGUUCGACUGCCGCGCCCCAGCCGGCGAAUACGAGCCAACACCGCCCGCCAAGAUCAUGAUCAGCAGGAAGACGCUGGCGACGGGGCACACGUGGAACGAGGCCAACUUCAAGACGCCUAUUGACAGAGGCCUCGACGAGUCCCACUUCCGAGCGUUGUUCCUGCGUCGCAGCGUGAAGCUGAUGCGGGCGUGCGACGUGCCCGCGCCCGCGCCCACGCCCGCUGAGCCGCUAGCCGUAGACGCCGUGGACUACGACUACACUAACGAGAAUGAUGCUGGAUACUGUCCUACGCAGGCGCCGGAGGCGGACGAGUGGGAUAACGACGAAGGCGGCGAGACGGUGCGGUGCGAGGCGCCGCCCGCAGACGACAUCGGCGAGAUGCUGGAACCGCCCACUAAGGUCGCCAAAAUAUUCAUACCAUACGCCAUGCGCGCUAAGAAGGUCGACAUGAAGCAACUGAAGCAUUGUACGUGGAAGAUGCUAACUGAGAAGACGCCAGAAGGGGACAAAGAGAAUGUUACUAAGACCACAUUCUUCUCGGUCUACUCGCGACUACCGAAUAGACUUUCUACCAACAUGCGAGAAUCUCUCAGUGUACCCCUAGCUUUACUCUCUGUAUUGCAUUUGGCCAACGAAAAAGGCUUGAUUUUGGAAAAAAGGGAUGAACUAAACGAUAUUGGUAUAUUAGGACUUAUUAAGUAAGAAACAUGCAUGAUAUACAAGUUAUGUUUCUUGGCUUGAAAAGAAAUAUAUAAAUGUAUUUUUUAAAGAUUGUUGAUAAGGGGAAA